AUGUGGUUCCCUGCAGGUAGCGAGCCUAUCCGCCACAACACUCCCGUAGCCGGUUUCGAUCUCGGUCAUCUUGAUGCAGAGACGUCUUCUUUGCGUCUUCUGCCAUCAACUUCCCGAGAAGACCAGCGACUCUAUGUCGCAUCAAUGUCAAGGAUCGACGGCAUGAGCCUUCAUCCUGCUCACCGAUCACCUACCCAAUCCGUGUGUGUAACCCUGGCGUUCUGGCAUCUCAAGUACAACAAACCAAGCAUGGACACGAGCGGUGACAAAUAUGACACUACUCGAGCCGGUACAGUCACUGCGAUCAUCAAUCGGCACGAACACUUCAAGUACUCAUGUUCUGCUAGUUCCAUGUUUCCUCGAGGUACGAUUGCGGCGUCAUCUGGCAACGAGGCUUGCAAGGCCAACCACGAAGGUGAGGUCACGUCGGUGCACAAAAACAAGCAGGUCAGACAGGCACGACGCAUUUCUCUGCCCCUGUCGUGGCUUUGUCGAGGAAUCCAGCGUGUGCACGUAUCGAGAUGGAAGCCUUGUUGUGUGGUGAUUAUGCACUCUACUCAUAAAUUGAUGCCGGAAGUGCGCAUGUCGGCUAGAGGCUUGGGAGAGUUGGUUCCUGAUGAUCUUGGUGAUCUCGAGCAAUCUAAAUCCGGUUUGGCUUCUCCCACCCACCCAGACUUGUGGACCUUGAGAGAAAAGGCCUCUUGA